AUGGCACCUAUCAUGCUAACACCCGAACUCAUUCAGCGCAUUAUAUACUUUCUCAUCCAUGACUGGACUCGCUAUGGACACCCUCUCUGCCAAGACGCCGGCGAGUAUGCGGCCGUCAGUCCCCUUUGGCAGGAUACAAUUGAGCGCAGUACUUUCGCCACACUGUAUCUUGAUCUGGAGCGACUCUCAGAGGUCAACUCCGUCGUCACCUCUAGGCGCCGUAGGUAUGUUCGCGAAAUCUUGCUGGAGGUUGUGCUGCCAUGGCCGGGACCGCGACAAAACCCUGAGAAGGACAAGGAGAAGCUGAGGAACAAUCGCGCACUACAAGCCACAUUUGAAGCUUUUCUGCAGUCGCUGAGCCAGUGGACUGUGGACGAGCUGCAUCCUGGCCGCAUUGGGCUCCGUAUUUUUGCGCCUCUACCCGUCGAGAAGAGACUUGACUCUCCAUCAUGGGAAGGGGAGAGAGGACCCAUGUGGAACCGCAGAUAUGCGGGAUCAGUGUUGGAGCUGACGGACCCGGCUCGCAUUGCGGAACAUUCCCCUGUUGUGGCCAUAUCCGAAAUCAAUAUGGAUAGGCCAAGAUUCGGGGAUCGACACAUCUCUAUAGUGGCCAUUUGCGCUUUGGUAGCAAAACUGCCCGCAGCAAAGCGAGUGUCCGUUGACUGGUGGAAAUGGAGGCGAUUUUCAGGAAUGCGGAAUGGUAACGUUGUCAAACUUCUCUACCUAGACCUUGCUGAUGCUUUAUCUCAAAUCAAUCAUCCCAUCGAUAAUUUUCACAUCUGCGAUGACACUUAUGAUGCCAUGAGCCGGUCUCAAUUGCCUCCAGAUACUACGCUUUCAAGUGAAGGAGAAGAUGGGCUUUCAAAAGCUUUCCACACCCUAUCCCAACGCUCGCAGACGCUUCACAUCGAUGGCAUCAUAGUCAGCGACGAACUGUUCUUUCCAAGGACUCUCUCUGCGCACAUGGCAGAACCGCGAUGGGAGAGACUGGUCACUUUCCACUUGUGCUAUCCUCCCGUCACUCCGUCGGGCGAAUGGCUCUUCAUUCCGGACCCAAAUGCCUCGGACGACUCGGAGGACGAAACCCCGAUGUUUAAUGAUUGGAUCAGCAUCACAGCGAGCCAGGAACCUACAUCUCGGCGCUGUAUUGCAACCCCGGCUAUGCAGCAGUUUUACAUGGCUGCAGGGCGCGCGGCUCUCCAGAUGCCAGCGCUAGAGUGGAUGACACUUGACGCGGGACUAGGAGGAUACGACGAAUAUUGGCAUAAAUUCUGGUAUCAUGCAAAAAAAUCAACGGCCAAAGCUCUGUGGACAAGCAGCUCCGGAUUUAUUCCUGAUGAUGAUGUUUUGGAGUGCUGGCGAAAAGUACCGAGGAAGUAUUUGAAGGGGGAGCUCGAGGUGGAGAUCUCAAGUGACCCGAGGGUUGCAUAG